CCCGAUCCUUUCCAAGAAUAGCACGCAGCACGUUACGGCAAGAGCGACCCAGACCUAACGGUUCUUGGCGCUGUCACCCAGAACUCGCGACUGAACAUGAUUUUUGGGACAACACUCCCGCCUCGCCCACGGUUCAUCCACGACGAAUCACGUGGCACGCAUGUCUGCCUGACUCACUCCCAAAUAUUGCGACACCGACUGCGACAUCGAUUCCACUACCAGACAUAUCGCGCGCGCCGAACAGCUGCCCUCUGCCAAUAAUACUCUCGUAUUCAAACAUUCUCACAUACGAACAGCUCCACCAUGGACGAAGGUGGCAAGCGCAAGCACAGCUUUCGCCAACAACCAAACAAGCGGGCAAAGGCUGAGGAUGGCUCCGCGCUCAAGUCUGGCUUCGGUGCCAAGAUGCUGGCGAAGAUGGGAUACAAGGGCGAGGGUGGUCUUGGAAAAGAAGGUGGUGGUAUCUCAGAGCCCAUCCAGGUCGUGAAUCGAGGCACCAAGGGCGGGUAUUGGGUAUUGAGGAGCGGCGGAAAGGAGAAGAAGAAGCGAAAGGCCAAGGCUCGGGGCGAGACACGAACCUCAGCUCCACGACCGAAGAAGACCGUCUUCGAACUCGAACAGGCUGGUAUGCAUGUACCCACUUGCGCUACAAUCCAUUAUCGAUGCGACAACCGGCGCGUCUACCCUACUUCAGGCAUGUCACUCCGCGGUCCUGACAUUGUCCCGUUCGAGAACUCCUUACAAGCGCGGCAUGGACGAGCUCGAGGACCUACAAGCGCGAUUGAGUCACUACGUACAGGUACCUUUGACGUUGUCUGCGAAGGUCUCAAGAGCCUGCGCGCGGCCUACCCGUCCAAGCCACUACACCGUGAAUCCAUUGCCGUCAUACAUCCCCACUUCUCCAAAGCGAUUGCUUCCUGGGAGCCGCUCGAGGGUGCGCUGCCCCGAAGUAGGAGGGUUGCAUCCCAGGCCUACACCCACCCUUCCGAAGCAUUGGUCAGUCGCACCGCAAUCGACGAAGAAGACACGAUAAAACGCGGCACCACAUCGUCAUAUGAGACCAUGAUGCUCAAAUACUGGCUACCUAGAGUAAGCUCAGCUAUAACACAAUGGGACGUCAAGAACCCACAGCCCAUGGUGCACCUGCUAGAAGUUUGGAAGCCAGUUCUCCCACCCUUCAUCGCGAAGAGGGUGCUUAAACAGGUGACUACAAAACUCUCCACUUCUGUCCACGAGUGGAACCCGCGAAAGUUCAAGAAGAGCCCACAUACAUGGAUCGUCGAGUGGCUACCUUUCCUUAGGCCAGCGGACUUGGACCCCAAGGGAUCAGGCCUGGUCGCCGAGAUCAAGCGCAAGAUCCGCCAUGCACUGCAGUCUAUCGAUCUUUCCAAAGGUCCAUUGCCAGGGAUGGAACAGUGGAGAAGGGUCUUUGGAAAGGCGGAGUUUGAUCAUCUACUCACUUCCCAUCUGGUACCUCGUUUGUCCGCCUUCCUACGAGACAGCUUUGAGAUCAACCCCGCCGAACAAGAUCUUGCGCCACUCGAGGCUGUAUUCGCCUGGAAAGGACUGAUAUCGAACGAGGUUAUUGGAGAGCUUCUGAAAGCACAGUUCUUCCCCAAGUUUCUCGAGAUCAUCCAUCAGUGGCUCACGAGCCCGGAAGUGGUCUUUGAGGAAGUACAAACGUGGCUUACCUGGUGGAGGACUGAGAUCUUGCAGGACGACAUCAACAAUCUGCCAUCAGUCGCUUCGUCAUGGAACGAGGCAUACUCACUCAUCAAUACGGCAUUGGAUCUUGGCGAUGCGAGACUGACAGAUCUGCCCGCGCCUCAGGUUGAAAGCACGGGAGCUUCGCCAGAAGUGUCCCAGUUCUCCAAGUCCGUCAAUCAACAAGCAUCCCGUCCUACACCGCAAGUCGACGAGCCGACUUUCAAAGACAUUGUAGAGGAGUUCUGCGCCGAAGAGAACCUCCUUCUAAUCCCCCUCCGCGAAGCCCACGACCAGACCGGUCUGCCGCUGUUCCGUGUCACAGCGAGCGCAACGGGACGCGGAGGCGCAGUGGCGUAUCUCAAAGGCGAUAUUCUGUGGGUACAAAACAAGAAAGACAAGAGUCUCUGGGAGCCUACCGGUCUGGACGCCACCCUCACGGCCAAGGCAGAGGGCAAGUGA